GCAGAGUCGUCAUCAGAUAUGUUGAAGGGACUAAGGUUCUCACAAAUAUCUGAAAACGUCUCUAUUAGCAAGAUGUUACUUAAAAGUUAAAGUGCAUGUAGGUAUUAUAUAACAUAUUUUGCUUUUUAUUAAAAUACGUCCAGUCAUGCAUCUAUCUAUCAUAUGUGUGUUAAGACGAAAGUGGAGGACCCGCUCGAAAUCGCCGCUUCAUACAAACGUACCUUAAUUUCUUCUCUGGAUACGAGUUUUGAAAAUAUUAUGACACAAUUUGUUGUAUAUUGACCACAGCUAUGUCCCUACGUUUGAUUUUUUUCGUAUUUUUAAUUAUUAUAAGAGUUGGAGCUUUUGAAAACUUGUAUUCAUGAGAACUGUUUUUCGCUCCUAAUUUUAACAAAAGGUACUUAAUAAAAAAAUCUAGAUUGCAAACUUAGGGGCAAUAAUAUCUUAAAUCGAAUUAUGUAAAUAAUUCAUAAUGUCAAUAUCCAGAGAGAAAAAAGGGGGCUAUGUAUGGAGAAGCGGCCCUCCCCUUUCCUCUUAAGGGAUGGGUAAGUAUCCGGUCUCUAUUAUUUAGGUCUCGUUAAGAAUUUUGUUUACACCGCACCCCCUUAUUGUACAUUGUAGGUAUGUAUUAAGCAAGUAUUAUUACCAAACAAUGUACUCAUGGUCUUAACAUACACAAGUAACACCGGUUGUUACCUUAAGGUAAGAUAAAUGACAGCAUUUUGUCGUCAUUGACAAUUUGAUGAUAAUAUCGUUAAUAGUUAAUAAUUUCUCUAAGCAGGUAGCUAUUUGUAUUAUUACAUACUUCAAAGAAAUAAAAUUAACCCUCAGUCCGGUCCAUUAACCCCGUACGUGGUACGUAGAAUUAAAUUUGAAAAGAUAAUGCGCAAUCGCUUGCAUUACUGCUUAUCACCUUCUGCGAAAAGAGGUCAAGUUAACCUUACUUGUUAUCGCUCUCUGUCAAUAAUACUGACGAUUUGUCGGCGGCGCAUGUUAAUCAUCCUAAAAUAUGGCUAACGCUCGCCACACACUUUUUAAUUUUCGAGUUGUCAUAAAAACUUUUCAUGACUCUUAUUAUUAUUUGUAGGUUGUAGGGUUGCACGACGCUUGGGAUGACAGGUAGAGGGCUACAUAUGAAGUGUUCCAAUUACAAUACGAGGUCAGCGUCUGAGUCAGAGGGUAACGGAUUCAUUUGCAUGUUCGUCUAGAAACCGAGGCGUCUAUCUGUAGUAGGCUUCGGAGCCGGGGUGAUGGAUGAGUGUCGUCAGUGCUCCGGAGGGACGCGCGUGGGCGGUGUCAUGACAGCCAAAAUCUGCACUUUCCUACCGACUUUCUCUCUCGGAGGUGCGAAAGGUGUAGGGGCUCGAUGGUUAUUCGGUAGCUGGCGCCGCAUAAGUGUACGCGCUCUAAUCGCGCGGCAACAACGGUCGGAUCGGUUCACGCGGUGCAUUGCGUCUUCGAUAUUCAAAGCACCUGCAUGCGGUUUCCGAGUGCGAACUUAUAAAGUGGUGCGCGAGAGUGGAGGAUCAGUUGGCUGAAGUGCAAUGCCAGUGCGGCAUGGCGAUGAAAGUGCACCUGGUGACCGCGGCGCUGCUGCUGGUGCUGCGCGCGCGCGCUUCUGCCCCUGCGCAUUUUCCGGACCUACUAGAACUACCGAGCUGGUGGCUGGGCGAGGGCGCCGAGCAGGCUACCGACGUGCAAGUGGUGUAUCUGCCGGCGCUGCUGCCUCGCGAGGCUCAGCAGUCAAACGGCGGUAGCGACGAUGUGCCCGUUCCGUACAGCUUCGAUGCCUUCGGUCGGAGUUUCUCUCUACGCCUGGUCCCGAACCGGCGGCUAGUGGCGCGCGCAUUUGGCGUCUGGUCGGAGCGCGGACGCGACGCGCCGCUUUCAGCGUUGGACGCUUCGUGCCAUUUUCAGCACGCCGGCGUCGACGCCGUCGCCGCGUUCUCCGCCUGCAAGGAUCAUGCAUUGCACGGCCUGAUCGUCGUAGACAACUCAACAUACGAGGUCCGGCCGCUGCCCGCGGGCGCGGGGCGGGCGGCGGACGGCGGGCGCGCCGCGCACAUGAUCCGCCGCGCGCCGCCGCCGCGCGCGCCGCGCGACGACGCCCGCACGCUGCGUCCGCGCCCGCGCCGCCCCCGCGCGCCCUACCCGCACAAGCCGCCCCCGUCCAGCUACACUAUCGAGAUCGCCCUGUUCCUGGAUGAGGCAGCCUACAAAACUUUCAACCCGUACUUUAAUUACAAGGAGACUGAACUGAGGGAUAUGCUAUUGGCGUAUAUUAAUGGAGUGCAAGCGCUCUACCAGCAUUGGUCCCUCGGCACACACAUCCAGUUGUCCCUGGUGAGGCUCACGCUGCUCCGGGCGCAGCCAGCGGCACUGUCGCGGCACGCGGAGCGCGGCCGCCUGUUGGACUCCUUCUGCGCGUAUCAACGGUCCCUCAACGUUGAGGAUGACAAUGAUCCGGAUCAUUGGGAUAUGGCUUUACUUCUGUCAGGCUUGGACCUGUACUCCGAAGAAGGCGGUCGGCGCAACGGCGUGACGAUGGGCCUGGCGCCGGUCGGCGGCGUGUGCCUGCCCGCGCACGCCUGCGUCGUGGCCGAGUUCGGCGCGGCGGACAUGCUGGGCCGGCCCUACCCCUCCGCCGGCUUCACCUCCGUCUACAUCCUCGCGCAUGAGAUUGGACAUAACCUGGGCAUGCACCACGACGGCGCGGGCAACUCGUGUGCGCGCGACGGCUACAUCAUGUCGCCGUCGCGCGGCACGCACGGCGAAGCCACCUGGUCGCCCUGCAGCGCGCGUGUAGUCGCCGAUCUACAGUGGGCCACGUGUUUGCUGGACGGUCAGGACCCCGACGUAGAUGAUCUGGAGGACGAGCUGCGCCACGAGCGCUUCGGCGGUGCGCCGGGGCAAGUGUGGGGCGCUAAGAAGCAGUGCGAGGUGUUACUCCGCGACGCAGACGCAGCGCCGACGGCGGCGCUCGACGCCUCGCUGUGCGCGCAGCUGGCGUGCCGCACGCCGCACCGCGCCGGCUUUUACUACGCCGGCCCUGCGCUGCCUGGGACUCCCUGCGGACAUCGUAUGUGGUGUCAGGGAGGUGAAUGUGUAUCGUCAGGCGGUGCAGAAAUCACAACGAAAGCUCCCACCGUGGCAUCCAGUACCUCGAGCUACAACGGGAGCAACGCUAAUAGGCCCACCACAGCGUCCACAGCAGGAACCAGCAAUGGAGGCAGUGUUGGCGGUUGGGGCGCCUGGCAGGAGGGCGCGUGCCGCUCAGGCUGUACGCUGCGCUCUCGUGGCUUCCGCGAGCGUCGCCGCGCCUGCGCCUCCGGGAGCUGCGACGGCGUCGGGUAUGACGUCGUUAUAUGUGACGACUCCAAGGUCUGCGGUAAGAAGACGCGGGUGACGGCAAGCGAGCUGGCUGCCCGCAAGUGCUCGGAGUACGCGGCGGUGCUGCACAGCCUGGAUUCGCGCGGCGGCGGCCUGCAGGCACCCCACGACCCCACUCGCAUGUGGAUGGGGUGCGCGGUGUUCUGCCGGCGGGCGGCGGGCGGCGGCUUCUACGCACCGCGAGUCGAGCUCAACGACAAGGGCCUGGACCCGUACUUCCCCGACGGCACGUGGUGCCACCACGACGGCUCGCAGGAUUACUACUGUCUGCAGCACCACUGCUUGCCAGAGAACUUCAAGAUGAAUGCACAGUUUCACAUCUGGGAGCUUCCAAGCGAAGAUGUCGGCGGGGCGUUUAACGCGCGGGCGCGCAGCACCCCUGAGGACCCAGCGCUGGAGAGCUACUUAUCCUUGAACGAUGACGGUGUGCCCAUCACGCGCUCCGCUUUCCCCCCGCAACUUCCAGAUGAGCCUGAAUACCACUGGGAAGUCACGGACUACGUAGAUCUGCCAACAAACAAUGACACGCUAAAGUCAUGAUACUGACAUCGCCUCGCACGCUUGAAAGGACCCUGAUACUAUAACUAAUUGGCCUGCCCGUUAUUUUGUAUUGAUAAGCCCCGAUAUCUUGCCCAAGUAAGAAUAAGUUAGUUUUCGAUUGCGAUGGGUUAAGUACCUCAUUUAGAUAAUUAGUGUAUUUUUAUCAUAAUUUACUAGUAAUAUAAACUUCUAUUACUUAUACGAUUAGCAAUGAAAUGUGAGUUUGCAUUUAUUAGUUUUAAAAUUUGCAGUAUUAGUAGGUAAAUUAAUGUAUUCACUAAUAUUAUUUUUAAAUAAGUAGGUAUUUUUACUCGAAUGCUAGUCCCUUCACUUACCAUAUAAAAUAUUAUUUAUUGUACUUAAAAAAGUAUUGCUAAUGUGUAUGACAAAAUUAUGUGUUUUUGUUUUUGUUUUUAAUAUCGACCUAACCCGAGUCUCUUGAAGAGUCAAAUAUUUGUGAAGUUCAAAGUACCAUUCAUAAAGACAACCAAAAACCUCUUAAUGGUCACUUGGCAUAUGUAUAAAAGAAGAUUAAAGGAUAUUACUACUCCAUUGUACAGGUAUUAUGGUUCGUUAAAUAAAUCGUUACCAGACAUAGAUACGUAAGCGA